AUGGGACGACUUGCUGAAAUGCAGCGCAAGCUGCUCGAACAAAUGAUGGGUCCAGAGGCGAUGGGUGUAGCAAAUGCAAACCUAGUUUGGUCAGAUGAGAAAGUUUGCAGAAACUUUCUUUGUGGAACUUGUCCUCAUGCUCUCUUCACCAAUACAAAAAUGGAUCUCGGAGCAUGUCCAAAGUCGCAUACAGAACGCCUAAAGCAAGAAUUUAUAGCAGAGAAGGAAAAGAAUCCAAAUGAUCCUAUAUUCAACCGUUUCCAGAUGGAGUAUGAAUCAAAUAUCUUUGCUUUCGUUGAUGAAUGCGAUAGACGGAUACGAGCCGCGCACCGACGACUGGAAAAAACGCCUGAGGAAAACGCCAAGACGACAAAUCUGAUGAGGGAAAUUGCUGAAAUUGAGCUGGCAAUUCAAGGGGGUACGGAAAAGAUUGAAACUCUUGGCGAGCAAGGGAAGGUCGACGAAUCAAUGAAAGAAAUGGCUGCAAUUGAAGCACUGAAAAGUGAAAAAUCGGACAAGGAGAGAGAACUGCAGCAGUUAACGGACACUUCUGGCGCUUCCGGGCACCAGAAGCUUCGCGUAUGUGACGUCUGCGGAGCGUACCUGUCUGUGUUGGAUUCAGACCGUCGACUCGCCGAUCACUUCGGUGGCAAAAUGCACUUAGGCUACCACGAACUCCGCAAUAUGCUAGCAAAGUUUAGAGAAGAACGGGACAAACGAAAGGCAGUACCCGCGUCUUCUACACCUACUUCCGGAGCCGCACCUGCAGCACCCUCCGGACGUCCUGCUGACCAUCGGUCUUCGCGAGAUGAAUAUCGCGAUCGUGAUCGUGACCGGUACGACCGACAUUCAACCCGAUAUGAGUAG